AUGGCAAGCAACAACAAUAAUUCUGCAACUCAGCCUCUGAUUCCAGUCUUCAAAGGAGAAAAAUAUCAUUUGUGGAGUCUAAAAAUGAAGACUUUGUUCAAAUCCCAUGACCUUUGGGAAUUGGUGGAAAACGGAUACAUAGAGCCAACUCCAGCACCGGCUCAACCAGAUCAACCGUUGCGGGACACUCGUAAGAAGGAUGCAAAGGCUCUUCUAUACAUCCAAUCAGCGUUGGAUGAUGAAAUAUUUCCUCGUAUUGCUGUAGCAUUAACAUCCACGGAGGCAUGGGAAAAUUUGAAGCAAGAAUAUGUGGGUGAUAAAAAGGUAAUCACUGUGAAACUUCAAUCACUUCGUCGUGAAUUUGAAACUUUGGUUAUGAAAAAAAAGGAAUAUGUGCAAGUAUUUCUUUCUAUAGUAUCUGGACUUGUCGGUCACAUGAAAACUUAUGGUGAAAAUGCUAGUGAAGAAACAAUAGUAAGCAAAGUCCUACGAAGCCUGACCAAGGAAUUUAAUCAUGUUGUUGUCGCGAUUGAAGAAUCUAAGGACCUAUCAACUUACAUGUUUGAUGAUUUGAUGAGUUCUUUGAUUGCACACGAAGAAAGGUUAAACAUGGGCAGCGAAAAAAGUGAUGAGAAAGCAUUCCAAGUAAGAGGCAAUUCCUCUAAAGGGAGGCCAGAAAAAUCUGGUGGUUCUUCCGGUGGUCGUGGCCAAGGAAGAGGCACUUUUCAAGGUCAUGGUCGUGGAAGAGGAAGAGGAAACUUUGCAGAUCAACGUUACCAAAAGAGCAACUUGCAUUGUCGGUAUUGUAAUAGGUCUGGACAUGUUGAAGCUGAUUGUUGGACCAAGCAAAAAGAUGAAAAUAAAGCUAACUUUACUGAAAAGGUGGAAGAAGAAGCUAAUGAGAAGUGGACAUCGUGUGGUAUUUGA